UAUGGUAACUCCAUUGAUAAUGAGAAGCAUAGACCGUGAACUUCUUAGUGGAUGUAGUAUCAUAAACAAAGAUGUACAACAUUAAAGAAAAUGAAGACUUAGCGAUUAACUCAAGAUUACUUCUAAAUUCCGAUAGAGGGACCUUAGAACAGCUUUUCAAUGACCUUGGGGUCGACCCAUUUUCAGUAGACGAUAUGCUUAGGACUAUUCAUGAGUGGUACCAAAAAGAGCCGCAUUUGCCAGCAGGACAGUUACAUGACCAAUUCAUUGCCAGACUACUAAUAAUGAGAAAGUUUAGUAUAGAAAAAGUGAAACAAAAGAUUGACAACUAUUACUCCGUGAGACCCAAGAUGCCAGAAUUAUUGAGUAACAGAGACCUAAUGGAACCUAAUUUGAUUAAGUAUAUAAAAGAUGGUUUUUGGAUAACGUUACCUCGAAAAACUCAAGAAAACCACAGAGUUACCAUAUUAAGAGUGCAGCGCAGCGAAGACGUGUCUGUUCUAGAUUUCACCAAAGUGCUAACCAUGAUUGUCGACUACAGAAUGUGGAACGACAGUGUAUUAGGAGAACAAGUCAUUUUCGACUAUAGCAACGUCACUUUACCAUUAGCGUUGCAGUUUACUCCAGUAUUUAUACAGAGGGCAAUUUACUUUUUCACUGAAUGCCUGGGCCCAAAUUUAAAAGGCAUUUAUAUUGUAAAUCUACCUCCAUUUGCCGAAUAUAUCCUAUCAGCGGUCAAAAAACUACUGAAGCCAAAGGUGGUCCAAAGAAUACACAUUUACAAGAACUUACAAGAGGUGUUAGGAAAAUUUCCAAAAAAUAUCAUUCCUAAGGACUUGGGUGGCACUGAUGAUGUAACCUGCCAGGACAUAGCCGAUGCUUGGGAGAGGACAUUAAGUUCUGCCUCAUGGAGAAAAUUCUUUAAAAAACAAGAUUUAAUUCAUACUGACGAAACUAAGAGGACUGUAAAGAAGAAUUUCCAGGACGACUUUGGCCUCGCCGGGUCUUUUAAAAAGCUUAAUAUAGAUUAA